AUGAACGCUGCUCGACAGAUUUAUGCAGACAAGAGUGAUGCUUUAACACAACAGCUUAUAGAAGAGACAAAGAAAAACCUUGGUUUGGAUAUUGAUCAAUCGAAAAUUCAAGUCAUCAAGCCAUCAAAGGAAAAUGAUGAUAUUAUUGUCAGUGUUCCUUUAGUUGAUAUUGUAAAAACAACUAGCGAUGAGAUUAAACAAAAUGACAUUUAUGUCAGUUACCAAUGUAUGGAUACAGAGAAGUUAAAAGGUUGUUUUAAAGUGAAAUUAACAAAUGUCAAUGAGAAAGGAGCAGAAUUUGCAUUGGUAGAUAAUGAAGGUAAUACAAUUGCUACUGCUACUACUACAGCAAAUCCACCUGAAAGCAAUAAACAACGCGCGUGUAUUGAAGUCUACGUCAAUAAUGUAUAUCGUGGUUGCUACGGUACUGUAAUUAUUGUAAUAACAUCACAUAGUGUAACUAUCUAUGGUAUAGAUAAAUGA